AUGAUCGGCCCAACUUUUGAAUGGGCUAGGGUGCUUGGGAACCUCUGGGACGUAGCUACCAAGGCAGAUGACCCGUCACACCCUGCCCUUCCUCAGACCCGGCCCCGCAUUCUCACUCCUUCACCUUCUCGAGAGUCACUCGUCGAAUCCGCUGCUUCUGCGACAGCAAACAGCGCCUUCUUCCAGAAGCUCCCGCCUGAGAUACGGCUCAAGAUCCUAAGAGAAGCCUUUGGUGACAGGACCAUCCACAUGGAUCUCUAUUUCGACUACCCGAUGAAACCACUCAGUGAGCGCCAACCGAACCGCACACAAAGAGUUGGCGGCGCCCGGAUCCCCCCACCAGAGCCCCGAUGGGGAAUUGUAAGGGCCCAAAGGAAAAAAUGGCAGUGGUUGAGUGGCGAGUGCUAUCGCAGCUCGCACGCCCCGGCUCCGGAUCUGGUGGAGCGUGAAAUUGGUGACGAUAGCUGCUUCCCGGGCAUGACGGAUUGUUGUGAAAUAUUCCAUACCAGCAUUGGUGUCCGCCCAGUUGGGGUUAUGGGCUGGUUGUUAUCAUGCCGCCUGGCUUACGCCGAGUGCAUCGAUGUGCUCUACGGAACGAAUACAGUAUACAUGACUGGUAAUCCCUUGCUUCAGCAGCUACAAGAUGUGCGAUACGGACCGGGUACAAUACACAUGGCUGGCCCCGUCUUACCUCGACUACUACCAAAUGUGCUCCUCCCUAAACGACUCGCCAGUAUAACAUCAGUGAGAAUUCGUUGGACGUGCAACCCUUUUGACAGUGAACCGUAUGAACCAUCGCUUUACGGAGUCUCAGCCUUUAACAACUUUCUAAAGGACUUGCCGAGGCUAUUUCCGCACCUGAGGAAGCUACACCUGUCGUUGGACGGCAAAAUGAUACCUAGUCCACAUGUAGAACCCGACCGGCUCCGCGAAUUGAUCGAGUCAGAUAUUAUGAUACCGGUUGAUGACAUGGUUCGCAAUCUCGGCCCGCAGAUGCAAAAGUGUUGCAUAGCUAUUUCUGCUUUUCUGUACUUUGCGACGAAGUACAAACCUAUGAACCCUGGGCAGCAAUUAUCUCCCCAAGAGCGACACGAAUGGCUUCACGCUUGGCGAGAACUUCCCGCAUCCAAUUUGACGUCUUUACAGCAGAGCGCUCAUUUGAAAGGGUAUGCGAUUCGCAUUGGGCAAUUAGAUAUGCCUGUGCAAUUUAUGAUCCCACCAGGGUACGGUGAUUUCUAA